GCCUCGAGAGUUCUUCUUCCUCGAAUCGAAUUCAAAAUGGCGGACAAACAUGAUAAACAAAACAGUGGAGAUGACAAAUCUUUCAAAAACAAUCAAUGGGUUAAGUUAAAUGUAGGAGGAACGUAUUUUCUAACUACUAGGACGACAUUAGGUAGAGAUCCAAAGUCUUUUUUGUGUCGUUUGUGUCAAGAAGAUCCUGAUUUAAACUCAGAUAAGGAUGAUACUGGUGCUUAUUUAAUAGAUCGAGAUCCAACUUAUUUUGGUCCUAUACUAAAUUAUCUUCGCCAUGGUAAAUUAAUAAUUAAUAAAGAUCUUGCAGAAGAAGGAGUAUUAGAAGAAGCUGAGUUUUACAAUAUAACAGAUCUGAUUAAACUAGUUAAAGAAAGAAUCCUAGAGAGAAAUGCCAAAAUGACAAAAGAUUCUAAGAAACAUGUAUACAGAGUAUUACAAUGCCGUGAAAAUGAACUUACUCAAAUGGUAUCCACCAUGUCAGAUGGUUGGAAGUUUGAACAAGUAAUUAAUAUUGGUUCAUCAUAUAACUAUGGAAAUGAAAAUCAUGCAGAAUUUUUGUGUGUAGUUUCUCGUGAAUAUUCAGGUUCUAGUUCACUUGCAUCGGAACGUGAGUUUGAACCAACUGAUCGAGCUAAGGUAAUUAAUAUUGGUUCAUCAUAUAACUAUGGAAAUGAAAAUCAUGCAGAAUUUUUGUGUGUAGUUUCUCGUGAAUAUUCAGGUUCUAGUUCACUUGCAUCGGAACGUGAGUUUGAACCAACUGAUCGAGCUAAGGUUUUACAACAAAAGAAUGUUCGUAUGUAAAAAUUUUUAAAUAUACAAGGUUGCUACAAUUUGUGCAGGCAUCUGUGAUAUUGAUGGGUAAUUCCAAAACAAACAAAUAUAGUCAACAGUUACUGCAACCCAUCAGUACUAGUCCAGCACCCACAUGUGUAAUCUUACAUCAUGUCUUCUUUUGCAAUUUAUUACUGUUUUGUUUGAAUAUAGCAUAAAUGUGAUGUUUAGAUUAGUUUAUCAUAAAUUGUUUUCUCAAACCAUAAACAUCUGAACAUCUUUGUACUGUACAUCAUCCCAUCUUGAUGCAGAAAAAAGUAUUUUAGAACAUUCCUAUUAACAUGGAAUCAUUCCCAAUGUUUUCAGUUGAUUUAUUAAUUAGUCUUAUCUCGUUUAUAAAAUAUAUCAGUUUUAUAAAACUGAAAAUACUGUUAUUAUGAUUCCAUACUUCAAGUGGCAUUUAUAUGAAAAAUAAAUAAUAAUAAAAAAUAUAUAUAUAUAUGUAUAGUUCAGAACUUUCUGAAAUUAGUAUUAAACUGAGGAUAAUUUUGCAUUCAUCUACACAUCAUAUAUUGCCCACUUCAAAUGAUUGUACCUGUAUAGAAGCAUUGACAUUCUCAAAGUAUCACCUAAUACAAUCAAUCCAUCCUUAUGAGUAAUGUGUUAAUAUUUUGCAGUUUGCCAACAAUUUAUUAAAACAUCAUUUACUUACAGCAUUGUAAGAAAAAAUGUACAUAGUAUACCUGUAUACAGAUGCCAUUACUUAAAAUAUUUCGUAAUGUUCCAUACAUAUUCAAUAGUUUUGUGAUACAUUGUUCAAAAAUAAAUUUAGUUAAAACUAAUUCAGUUAUUUAUUAUUUUUAUUAUUAUUAUUUUGUAAACAUUGUUAUUAAUGAAAGUUACUUUGAAACAAAAUAAUUGUAUACAGUGUACAUGGCAGUUUUUUUCGUAAUAUUAUGUUGUAAAUGUCUAUUAAAAGUAAUUUGAUGUUGUAGAUAAAGAUACCACUCUGCCAAUGUAUGUGCAGUGUGUUCUAUAUGCAUACUGUUGUGUGUUGUAUAUAAUGUGUAUAAUGGAACAGUAUUUUGUGUUAUUCAUAUGUGGGACUUUCUUUCAUUAUUGUGAUGAAAAAAAUUUCCACUUCUGUUCCUCUUUUAAAUAGAUUUUUGUGUGUCUUUAUGCAAAUAGUUGCUAUUAGGGAUAAAUCAAAUUUGAAAUUUGUCAUCAUAUUUGGGAGCAUUUGGUAAAUGUAAUCAUGUAUGUUGUUUAAUUUGGUAGCAAUAAGACUUUUUUCAUGAUAUAAUCAUUAAAUAUAAAGAAAGACAUAGUUUUUGGAGGAUCGGGGCCAAUGGAAGAAAAGAUUCUUUAAUAAGGCUAUAUCUUUCUUUAUCUUGCUAACUUUUUACAUUUUGAAAAGUGUAAUUUUAAGUGGCAAUUAUAUCUCUUGCGGGUUUAUGUGUAAGAAAUAACAGUCUUUUCCCAAUAUCUUGCCAUUGUUUUUCAAUUUAAAAAUGAAUUGAUGUAUUAUUCAAUUAACAUCAUUUUUGUAAAAUGUUGUCUAGUCACCUUCAUACAUCCCGUUUUUUGAUGUUAAGAAAUUUAUUGCAAAAAAUAAAUAUUAGUUACACUUCA